AGAACUAGCGCUUCCUCUUUAUUUUAGGGUUCUUGAGGAUGGGCGAGGUAGGACACGGCAAUGCGGCUCGACGACGCAAGCGCCACCGCGGGAUUUUCGCGAAUCUCUUCUCCAUCUUCGCGUGCUUCAGUCCCGUUGCUGGAUUGAGCGGCGAUCGCCGCGAGGAAGGCGUUGUUUUGGAUCGAGACAAGGGUUUGGCAUCGUCUUCCGGUAGAGAGCCGCGCGAUCUUGAUCGCGACGAGCAGCAGGAGCAGAUUAUCCUUCCAUUGAUGUCACAGUCGUCGUCCCUGAUCUCACAAGAGCUCCAAUCCGUGCUACAUUCCGCGCUGCCUACGCUAGCUCGGCAUCGGCAUUGGCUUCUCCUCUACAGCACUUGGAGAGAUGGAAUUUCGUUGCUUACACUGUACCGCAAGAGCUCCACUGUGAUUGGCCACUGCUUAUUGGCUGUGGCAGACACUAAAGGGACUGUUUUUGGAGCUCUUUUGUCUGCACCAUUGAAUCCAAGCACAACGAAAAAGUACCAGGGGGAUGCGAACACGUUCGUUUUCACUACUGUUUCGGGGGCUCCACAAGUGUUCCACUCAACAGGUGCCAAUCGAUACUAUGUUCUCUGUACCAACGAGGCGCUGGCUUUAGGUGGUGGUGGUCACUUUGCACUCUACCUGGACAAUGAUUUGCAGAAUGGCUCCAGUGGCGAAUCUCAAACUUUCGGCAAUACAUGUUUGGCAUUCGCCGACGAGUUCAAACUGAAAGACGUUGAGCUUUGGGGUUUCCAACGCAAUUGAGUGCUCUAGUUCCUAGAACGGGAUAUUCCAGAUGAUAUGUACUCAAGCGGAGCACAGAUGACCAUUGACUAGGCAAGCAAGGAAAUGAGUUCCUGGCUUUCUUCUGACAAUGUCUCUUUCAGAAUAAUUCUGUACUUGGUCAACUGCGAAAUUUAUAGCUCCAAUUUUUCCAGCUCAAGAAAGGAAAUCUUAAGUUGUCUACUUGCACCAGGUGGCCACAAUGAAGUGAAGGGUGCCGUUUUUCUGGAAAUGAGUAGUGGCAAGGGCAAUCUUUUGAGUUCCCCGAAACACGACAAUUCUCUCCGUCCGAGCCGUCGAGUUGGCUGGACACGCCAAGGCCAGGACUAUAGAGGCAAGUUCGGUAAUGCAGUAGAACUUCGGAUGGUGUAAUCAGCUUCCAGCAGUGUUCGUGGAGUCUUUCUGGCAGACAGAUCUGGAUCAAGUGAUCUUUCGCUUUGCAAUAGUCCUGGACUCCGUUUUCCUGCGGGAAUCAAGACAAGAAGUCGAAGCAACGAAAUGAAAUGAUUCAAAGACAAGGAAGAGGGGAAAUUUGGUUGAUAAAGUUUUUGCCACCAAGAUCAAAAGCUUUCUACUUAUUCUGCUUUUCUCUAAAGAAAGCUACUUGCAGAAGGCACUUAAUCCUGGUCCUCCAUAGAACACUCCUCCUUCAGUCAGGAGAGAAUUGUAACACUCUGGAUGUGUAGCAUAAGUGGAAAGCUUAGCAGGCUCCACACUGUGGUUGAAUUGAGUUAGAACUUUAAGAUCAA